AUGGAAGGAGAAACCGUCCCAGCGCAAGAGAUAGCGCAAGUCGACCCAGCGCAUCUUGAAGCAGCGCAAGCCGAACCAGCAAACAUCGAACCCCCAACGCACACCGAACCGCCACCCCUCCCCUAUUCAUUGUAUACAAGGAAAAAGUCGAUUGCCAUUUUCUGGACGAUCUUCGUGAUCGAUACAUUGGGACAGCCACUGAUCUUCUACUGGUGUCUUUGGUAUCUGACGGAUCUAUCUCAUAACGUCGUUUUUUCGAUUGUCACCGCGUCCUUGGGUGGUGUCUCAGUCUUCGAAUACUUCUACCGUCUCUACAAUUUGUUCCGCAAACACUCACGCGCUCGACCCCUGAAUGCUCCCGUAUCAUGGCUGGACUUCUUCCAAAUCAACUUCACAAUUGUGUGGUUGAUCUUGGCCGUUGAGCUUAUCGUAGGAUCGGUACCCGAGGAACCAUUUGUGCGCCUCAUCGCCAUGGUUCUCCCGACCGUCAUGUUCUAUUUCGGCAUAGUCUACCUCUCCCUCGAUGUUUUCCGUAUGAUGGGCUACAAAGCACCUUUCCGAAUUUCUUCUACGCCCAAGGGCUCCGUCAUGCCAACAGCUCUGUACGCUCUUAUUGAAGAUGUGGUCGCAGUAGAUGGUGGUGGUGGGCAGAUUUACCGAUACGCCUUGCGAACACGAUACUUGUCGAGUCCUUAUUUCCGACGAAUGCUUUUCGAGAUGAACUGCUUCUGGAGUGGAGGAUCGAUCGUAUUCGCCGCUGCUAUCACUGCAGUCGUGUUCACAGUCGAGGAAUCCGUGGCAUUCACAUUGGGCUGGUCCCUUCCAUUUGCCUGGGCCAUCGUUUGGACCAUAAUUACCAUUCCUUGGGUCCAGAGCGACCUCCGCCGCGAAAAGAAAGCGUGGGCAGAGAACCGCGGCCAAGGUGGUAUCCCUUGGGUCGACGAUAUCAGCGCACCUACAGCGCGCACCCGCUUCGCAUCUAUUCAUGCGACCUUUAACCCCUGGGCCACUAAGCGUAGCCCCCCUUCCACUCCCUCUGAAGCUCCUGAGAAGGUGCCCGACGGGCUCAGCCAUGGGACGCCCACUGAAGCUUCCGCUGCUGGUGCCGAGACUCCACGCACUGCGGAUGGAGGCUCGCACAAGCGAACCUCCCAUGAGCAAACAUCCCACGAGCAGACAUUCGGCGGCAUCCCAGAUACCGAUCCCGCCAAGGAGGUUUCCCCCGUGUAA